GGCAAGCAUUGGUAACGCACGUUUAAAUCGGGGUUGGGUUUCGUUAUUCCCCGUGACCUAACAGAAGAAAACAUUAAUCGUUGUGCUGCACAACGCAAACUCUGAAAACCCACCGGAGUCCUUGUCCUUUCAUCAAAUAAUAAAUGUCAAGUAAUCUCAACGACCAUGCAACCUGUUCAGUCUGAGUCUCCAUGGACAUUUAUAUGUUUAGCAAGCUUGACAGACAGACUGCUUUAUCGACGGACAUUGGGGCCAGCAUACUAGGGGAGCAAAGUUAAAGUUCAGGUCAGGUUGGAGAGGUCUGUCUUGUUGCGCACCACAUCAAGGCCCACAUCGGAGGAGACUGCAGUGGUUCUGCUAAGGUUCAACGAAAAUGCUCUCUGUUUGGAUAUCCCUCCUUCUCUUCUGUCCAGCCAUCGUGAGGACAGGAAAUGUGCUGGUUGUCCCAGUCGAGGGGAGUCACUGGGUGAACAUGAAAAUCAUUGUUGAAGAGCUUCAUUCAAGGGGCCACACUAUCUCAGUGGUGCGAACAACAGACAGCUGGUACAUCAAGGAACACUCCCCCUUCUAUACUGCUAUUACCGUCAAAUCGGAGAGUGGCUUUGAUGAGGGCUUCAUCACUGAGUUAAUUGCGAAGCUUCUGGAGAUCCAGAGGAACGGAAGGUCUCCCUGGGCACGUUUCAAACUGGAGAUGGAGCAAAUGGAGGCAGCCUCUGUGAUGCACAUAAAGGGCGCCCAAUUGGUUGAGCAUAUGUUUGAGGACAAGCAGUUGAUGCAGUCUCUAAAGGAUGCCAAAUUCGACAUGGUUCUGACAGAUCCCGUCAUACUAGCUGGUGUCAUGCUUGCCCGCCACUUAGAUCUGCCUUUAGUUUUCAAUGUGAGAUGGACGACUCACGGCGAAGGCCAUUUUUCGAUCGCGCCUUCUCCUCUUUCUUACGUUCCAGUGCCAGGGCUAGAGCUAUCCGAUAAGAUGAGCUUCAGCGAAAGAGUUUUGAAUGUAUGUGUUUACUGCUUCACAAAAUUUCAUUUAUCCCAGUAUGUCGUUCCACACUAUGAGGGGCUGAUGCAAAAAUACUUCAGCCAAGAUUCCUUUAUGAGCCUGUUUCAAAGAGCUGAUCUGUGGCUCAUGAGAAUAGAUUUUGUGUUUGAGUUCCCUCGGCCCACCAUGCCUAACAUUAAGUACAUGGGAGGAUUUCAAUGUAAACCUGCUCAGCCUCUGCCUCCACACCUGGAGGACUUUGUCCAGAGUUCAGGAGAGCACGGAGUCAUCGUCAUGUCUCUGGGGACGCUCAUCACAAGCCUUCCCCAAGAAAUAUCAGAAGAAAUCGCCGCCGCUUUUGCAAAACUACCUCAGAAAGUCAUCUGGAGACAUAAAGGUGAACGGCCAGCAUCCUUAGGCAACAACACAUUGCUUGUCGAUUGGAUGCCACAGAAUGACCUUUUAGGACACGAAAAAACCAAACUGUUUGUGGCGCACGGAGGAACAAACGGAGUACAAGAGGCCAUCUACCACGGAGUGCCCAUCCUCGGACUCCCACUGAUCUUUGACCAACACGACAAUCUCUUCAAAAUUAAAUUCAGAGGAGGCAGCAAAAUCCUAAAUAUAUUCCAUAUUGACAGGGAGAGCUUCCGACAAGGUAUCGAGGAACUCCUCCGUGAACCCUCAUACAGGACCAACAUGGAGCAACUCUCUAGACUCAGUAGGGACCUGCCAAUGAAGCCUUUAGACUACGCCAUCUUCUGGAUAGAGUAUGUUAUACGAAACAAGGGUGCUGGUCACCUGAGGUCAGAGUCCUACAACAUGCCUUGGUACUCCUACUACUCUGUAGAUGUGAUCCUUCUCUUAUUAGGACUGCUGCUGAUUAUGAUCCUGACCUUUGUUGUGUUAGUCAAGAACCUGUGCUCCUGUGUCUGUCGCAGAAUAAAACGCAAACGGGACUAAAUAUAUCUUUAUAUAUAUUUGCAUAUAAGUAUUAAAUCUAUUUUCAUUCUGAACAUUUGUGUAAGAUAUAUAGUAAAUCGUGUGUAAACCCAUAAAGGCGCUAAUCAUGCAGAUAAAGUUAAUCAUUUUAGGUCAAGGUUAUCACCUUGAUGUGGCUUACAUAUUAAAAUUUUAUUGGCAUAUCUAAAAGUAUUAAGGUAAGAGGGCAUGUUGAAUGAAUUAUAAAACAUGUAACCAUGCUACAUUAUAGAUUCCUUCCUGUCAUGGUGUGUCGUGUUUUGGUGUGUUUCCCUGUGUUUCCCUCCUGUGUUGAUUACUGCUCCCUCCCCUUAUGUGUCUCAGCUGUUCCUCAUUGCGUUUGUUACUUAAGCCCUUGUCUUUCCUUUGUUCCUCGUGCUGUCAUUGUGGUUUGUUGGUCCUGCGUGUUCUCUGUGGUUACCUGUGUUCCCUUGCUCCUUGCUCCUUGCCUUAGCCUUUUGGCGGAAAUAAAGUACAGUUUUCCCUAAACCGUCUGCAUCUGGGUCCUACCUGCCUGCCUGCACCCACAACCCUAACACCUCCAAUGUCCAGACCUAAUAUGCACAAUAAGGUGGUCUGUGCUCGAAUGCAUGUAGAUCUAAUUAAGGGCUAGGGAAAUCUAGCCCUUAAUUAUUGCAUUUGAAUGCUUUAUGAAAGAGUGAGAUGGACAGGAAGUUAUGGAGACAGAGGGGAGGACAUGCAACAAAAACCGGGGUAUCUUCGAUCAGGACUGAGCCUCAAUGAUAUGCACCGUACACCGUGAGCCACCGGGGCACCUUUCGAUAGAUCCUUUAAAUGAGAGGCUGUUGCUCCAAACACCGUGUAGAGGGUCUAGGUUUGGAUCACAACAAUUAACCCUUAGUAUGACACCUCAGGUCAUCUUUUACUGUUCUUGAAACAGUUGUUCACAUUUCAUGAUGAAAGUGAUUAUGAUUUGUUGUCAUGUACUCUUUUGUAAUCAAUCAUAUACCAUACUGUUAUGGAAACAAAGGUAUGAUAGAGCUGUGCCAAAAUGUUAUACUAGUAACAUCAUCAUAAUCAUCUGGCCAACAUAUUCAUGACUAAAAAUACAUUUGCUGAAUUCUGAC